GUAACCAUACACUUAAUAUCAAACAAGUUUAGCUGGUUAGCUAACAACGUAGUUUUUUAAGUUCUUGUGUCUCGCUACACGACUAGUUAGUUUGGCUAUCCUAGCUAGCUAUCUUUUAAACUCUUGAUGUGUGUUGUAUGAUGCGAAGAUGUGCUAUGGUUAGGAUAUUGAUGGCGACAAUUUGACAAAUAAUGAGUGAGAACAGCAGGCCUUGGGCAUGGUUAAUAACUUUAUUAGCUAGUAGUUUGCGAAUAGGAUGUGUAUUUUUGUCAAGGUGGCAAAGAGUACAGUGAAGAUGGCACAGCUGUCACGGGGUGCUUUGCUGUGGCGCAGUAUGAAGCCCUUGUUACAUCGCCAUGUCAGCGUGGUUUGGGCCUCGACCUAUAAGGCUGUAAUAUUCGAUAUGUUUGGGGUUCUCAUACCGUCACCGCUCGCUAAGGCAACAGAAUGGGAAGAGAAGAAUGACGUUCCGCAUGGCACAAUAGGCAGAGCCAUUAGGACAGGGGGAGAUGGAAACUCUUGGAAGAAGUACAUGAGAGGGGAGCAGGGUCCAGAGGAGUUUGUGCAGACCUUUAGCCAAGACUGCAGUCGAAUUGUGGGCUUCAAGGUCCACAUUGGCUCUUUCCACUCGGCUUUGACCAGUGGCUCCAUGACACAGCCUCUUUCAGCUAUGAUGGAGGCUGUGCAGGGUGUCCGUGCUGAGGGUUUGAAGACCGCAGUUCUUAGCAACAACUUCCUGCUGCCCGGGGGAAAUUCCUUUCUGCCUCUGGAUCCCUCUCUCUUUGAUGUGAUCAUAGAGUCCUGCAAAGUUGGCAUGUGUAAGCCAGAUCCAAGGAUCUACCUACUGUGUGCAGACAGGCUGGGGGUCUUGCCUCAGGAAGCAGUGUUUCUCGAUGACCUGUGCUUCAAUGUGGAGGCUGCAGAGCGAGUGGGCAUGCAUGGCAUUGUGGUCAAAGAUCCUAUAUCUGCUGUUAAGGAGCUGGAGCAGGUGCUGAACAUGUCCUUGUCUGGGUUUGUUACUGGAACACGUUCUGUGAGGUCAAGUCAACAACUCCCUGUAGACCGUCUCGCCCAGUACCUCGACAAAGCUAUUCAGGUACCCCAUGCAGACCCAAUUACAGUGCGGCAAUUCAGCCAGAGCCACUUUGAUUCUGCAUACCUCCUGACCUGUGGUGGGAGCCAUCUUGUUCUAAAGAAGAAACCAAAUACUGAAUCUCUGAGAAAGGAGUGCAGGCUUCUCAAAGGCCUGAAAGGUGUUGGAGUUCCUGUGCCAGAUGUUCUUGCCCAGUGUGAAGUAGCCAGUGUCCUGGACACCCCGUUUUACCUGACAUCUUACAGCCAGGGGCACAUAUUUAAUAAUCCCUUUCUGCCAGGAUUGGCGCCUGAUAGGAAGAGAUCUAUAUAUGAAACUAUGGUCCAAACACUCUGUCAAAUACACAGAGUUGACCUAAAAACCACAGGCUUAGAGGACCUCAGAGAGCCAGGAAACUUCAUGAAAAGUCAGGUGAAGAGGUGGGCACAACAGUACAAGGCCAGUACCAGUCAGCCCAGUCCAGCUAUGAACAGGCUUAUAGAUUGGCUCCUGUUGCAUCUCCCUCAACAGCAAAGGACCACACUAUUGCAUGGAGACUACAGGUUGGACAACCUGCUGUUUGAUUCGGAGAAGUCGGUUGUGAGGGCAGUGUUGGGCUGGGGCCUCUCCACUGUAGGAGACCCUAUUGUAGAUCUGGCUUGCUCUUGUAUGUCCCUCUAUGAGACUUGUAACCCUGCUAGCCAACCAGGGAACGAGCUUGCUCUGAACGGCGUUCCCAGUGCUGAGGAAAUGUUUGAGCUGUACAGCAGGACAAUGGGGCUGGAGAGCAUCCCAAACUGGCAGUUCUACAUGUCCUUCUCCUUCUUCCGACAGGCUGUCAUCUUACAGAGUAAUCAUGCAAACUCUCUCAACGGGGCUGGCAGCACGUGUCAAAUGGAGGCCAUGGCAGAACUGGCAUGGCACUUUGCCACUAAAGAGGGCUUCCGUAUCUUCAAUGCCAUGCCCAGAGCUGCAGGGCUUUGAGCAGAAGGACAAUGGGCAGCACCUUCUCACAUCAGCCCAGGCAAUUCUGUUAGACAGUGGGCUUUUGUCUGUGUCUUGCUGUGCACUACAGUAGGUGACCAGGAAACUGAUCUAGUAUGCUCAACUCAGUGAUAGAACUGCAUGCAGCUGGAUCAGUAAUAUUUGUCAUUUCAGACUUUGAUGUUGCUUUAUCCACGCACUAGAGGUGCUUGUUCAGUGGUAGAGAAAGAUUAGGUUUCAUUUCAAAGAACCAAGUGUGUAUAUUUUUACUGACAGAUAAAACUGGUAUUUCAAACACCAAGAACAAGUUAUCCAAUCAGCAUAUACACUGGCUCCAGGUGUGUAACUUCUGUGAAAAGAUUGAAAUUAGUCUUUUCAUAUCCUUGCCAUUUGAUUUGUUGUAAAGCUGAAGGAAGGAGUCUGGUUCAUAUUGGCUAUCUCCAAUUCACAGACAUGGGACUGGAUGCCAGAGUCAAGAGUUAGUAAACUUGAAAAUGUUAGAUUUUUUUUUUGGUUGUUUGUAUUGUCAGUGUUAAUAAUAAGGCAACAAUGAAAUUGUGAAAAAAAAUAGUUUUUUUCUGAGAAUAAGAAUCAAUUACACUAUCCUAACACAAAUAUUAGGAUAUCUCUACAACUAAUGAUGCUGUAUUUGAUGCAUUUUAAACAGAAGCAAAGCAGUUAAGCCCAACUCGCUUUUUAAUUGGCUAACUUGUCACUCAGGCCCUGCAGAACCUUUUGGCUUCAAGAUAUGCUGAAGGCAUUGAAGCAUAAGUACAUUUCAACACAAGUGCCUUUGUACUUAACUCAGGUAAAAUGUAAAUAGAUGAUAUUCUGUUAAGUACAGGACUUGUGUACUUUGUCCAUGAUGGAUAACCACCAGUAAAAUCCCAGGCGAUAAGCCAGAUAUGUCCCUUUUAAGAAGGAGCAGCGAGGCUGAGGGGGAGUAUUUACGUUAGGACAGCAGAAUACGCCUGAAAGUACCAGGCUAAUACCAGGUGCUGUUUAUGGCACUGCUGUGCCACUUCAUCAUUCCAUAGUCAUUAUUGCAAUGUUUUAAGAAAUCGACAAUGGCAGGUGAUUCUCCAGCUAUGGAAAGAGUGUAGAAUUGGGGCAUGUGUCUACUGGGUGAACCCUUCAUUGCGUUAAAGGAGUGCUUGAUGGUAAAGAGCCUUCUACAGUGCAUUAGUGUAGUUACUCAGGUCAAAUGUGGGCAUGCAAAAUGCAACAUUUUGUAAUAAAAGCAUGUUUGCACAAGACUGCAUGUGCUCCAAUAAUUUGCCAGGGUAGUGUUUACUCUGUGUAAUCUAAAUAUGAUAUUAAUAAUUUAGACUUAAUAAAAGGCAGUGUCGCUUUAAAUGCCAGAAAAAAUGAUGGAAGUCUUUUUUUUUUUUUUUUUUUUUUUUGUCCAGCACCUGUGUGCACACAUAACUAAACCCCUGAACUGCCGUGUUAUCUAACCAGCAAUACUGGGCCUACGUGCAUGCUCUUGUUUGAUUUGAAUAGGUUUUGUUUGAUAGUCUGAAGUUCAGUCGCUGCAGUGCAGUACAAGUAAAUCAAAUACAUUUACAUCAGUACAGUUUUUAAGUAUUUGAACUCUAUUUGGGCCUACUUUUAUUCCACCCCUAUUUAAGCCUAUUUGACUUUUUACAGUAAUCUUUCAUUGCCUGUCUAAUUAAGAAUUGGAUGGAGGCCUGUUGGAAUGGUCUGAUUUCUCAUGAACACCACUGUGUUCAUCAGAGUCAAUAGAAAUGCCUCAGAAUGUGUGUAAAGAACAGUUUCAUCCAGUGCUCAUAUAAUUCUCACAAUUAUUUACUUACUUUUACCUCUGGAAAUGCAUAUUCUCCGUGUUCUUAAGUUUGUAAAAAAAAAGUGAUUCUUACACAAUACAGUGUAUUCUUUUUCAGCCUUUUGCUUAAGAAAAUGUAACUGAUGUCCUUCAGCAUGAGCUGUGGUUUGUUCAUUGGCUAAUUGGUGAGGUUUGCUAAUUGCUAACAUAAAAGUAGCUAAGUGUCUAACUACUGUCUGUGCUCUGAAUGUUGAUGGUGAGAGAUUUGAACCAGUACAUGAUGAACUGCAGUGUUAAGUAUAUAGUUGUUUUUUUUAAAUAACACAAACAUGCACAUUAAUAUUAGAAAAUGUGCUUUGGGUACCUUUAAAUUCAGAAAGUUUUGUGGUUUUUUUGUUUUUGUUUUUUUUGUUUUUUCUCUAACUUAAGUACAAUUUUGAUUGUUUCUACUUUAACUGUUCUAAUUUGUGGAUAUAUUUACACCACUGUUCCAUCUAUCCCAGUCCCUGUUGUAUAACAAAUGAUGAGACUUGUAAAAUUAAAAUUGUAUAACAUUUUUAUUUAGGACAUGCUGGAUUAAUUUUGAAUGUUCACACAGAAUAUAACACAAUGCGUUAAUCUUCUGAUUUUUCUCAUUGUUGCCUUUAUAUCUUAGGUUCUGUCAUUUUAAAUGAAUGGACUGUGAACUGUAUAAUAUGGUCUGACCAGGCCAUAUCAGAUUACAAUUUUCAUGAAUAAAAGUUGAAGGUAAGGUAACAGUAAGAA